AUGAGAACCUCGUUCUCGUCCAUUCUUUUCAGCCUUGGGCUGCUCUCUGCCGGUGUACUUGCCUCGCAGGAGAUACAUACCUCGUUUGACGAGUCAUGUGGCUGCACAGUCAAGUACAUCGUCGUUGAGAUGCCUCCCAAGACAGUCUCCGCCAAUACGGCCACUACUCUCGCUACUGGUUUGGUCGCUGCCGCUCAAGAGACUACCACCGUCAAGACAAAGACAACUCCUACUCGACCCAAGUCAUCUCAAACUACCAUCCACGCUUCCUCUACGGCACACCAGAACACUACUGCUACUUUUGUUCCCAAGACUCCCGCCAAGGUUGACUGCAGUAACCCUAAGAAUGCAGUCCCCAAGAAAAAGAUUGCCAUGUCUUACGGUGACUUGAGCGAUGACACAGUUGUUGAACAGAGUGAUGACACUACGAAACAAGCUAACAAGCCCUCCAACGGUACCUUCUCCACUUUCAAUGCCAACAAGAACACUACCACCGAAAAGGGACCUAGCGGAUCAAUCGAUAUGGAUCUAGUCAUGAACCAUCCUGCUGUCGUUCUCGACUACAUCGAUGCUAUCACUUCGGUCGAAUGUACAUCUGACUCUAUUGAGGUCAAGUUCGAUAAGUCUACGGCCUUCAACAACGCAGUCAAGACAUGGCUCGACACCUUUAUCCUCAUCACAAGUAACAUGGGCAACUGCAAAGCUGCCAAUGGUCAGGCUUUCUACCUCGUUGAUCACGUCACGGCGGACAAAGAGCAAAAGUCCAUUACUUGUCAUGCCUCUGAGCAGAAGCUUGAAGAUAUCGCUGAAACCUGUGAAAUGUCCUUCAACUCAAUCCCCGCCACCAAGCUACAAAAGCGCCUCAACCUCAACCCCAGUCUAUCGCUCGACUUCGGUGCUGGACUCGAGAGAGAUACAGUUCUCUUCAGUGAAGAACCCUUUGUCAGUAUCAAGGCUGAACAAGCAGAGUUCUCUUCCACUAUUUCCUUCUCGGGACGUGCCAAGUAUAACUUUUGGAAGUUCAAGAUGGAACAUCUCUACUUCGAUCUCAAUACUCGUUUCAAUGCCGAUGUCGCACUCUCAGCCGACGUAGCAGCAGCCUGGUCUCGUUCCAUCCUUUACGAUCCCGAUACCCUCACCUUCAGCGUUGUCGAAGUCCCUGGCAUCCUUUCCCUUGGCCCAGGAAUUGCUUUCGCUGUCGGAGUCGAUGUCGAUACUUCAGCAGCUGUCGCAGUCCGCGCUGGUGCAGGUAUUUCCAUCCCAGCCGGAAACGUCCACCUCGACGUUCUCGAUGGAAGUAAGAACAGCGCUACAGGAUGGGAGCCACAGUACACUUCCUACGCCGAUAUAACCGAGAGUGUAGAGGUUGGCUUGAACGCGAGUGCAUCAUUGACUGUUCAGCUGUCCUUCAAGCUACUCGGUGGUCUUGUUGAUCUUAGCAGUGGUCUUACAGCCAAACCUGAGAUUGUGAACAAGUUCACUCUUGACGCUGUCCAAUCUGGUCAUGCUUCGAAUGGUGGAGCUGGUGGUUCUGUCAGUACUCCUCCUGGCGAAUGUGGCGUGUCGCUCAAGUCAGACUUUGUUUUUGAUCUUGAUGGAUUUGCUACACGAUGGGUGAAGGGUAACUUGUAUCACGUCGAGGUCCCCAUCACUGAUAUCUGUUAUGCGUUUUGA